UAGCGAUAGGAAAAAAGACGCGUCCCGAUAGGGGAAAGGAGCGUGGCGUUCUCAUUGGGUGCCUUUAACCCCACCCAGGAAGUGUAUUGGUGGCCAUGUGGUGGAUGUUGGGGGUUCCUCUAGUUUGGAUAUAGGCCACCAUGGCAACAGCAUUCAGCAGUGAUGGUGCUGAGGUUAUGCAGCGGGCCGUGAUUCCUGCUGAAGCAAGUGGACGUCCCCCAAGCACCAGGCUGGAAGAGUUCUAUGAACUGGAGAGAGCAGCUGCAUUUGUAUCUGAUAAUGGCUUCACUAAGGUUGCUCUUCAGUUCCCCGAUGAACUCUUGCCAGAUUCAGCAAGCCUUGCUAGCAAGAUGGAAGCAGCAACUGGCGCCAAAAUGUACAUUCUGGGGGACACGUCAUACGGCAGCUGUUGCGUGGAUGAAGUGGCAGCAGAGCACGUGGGCGCUGAGGCUGUGGUGCACUACGGCCCUGCCUGCUUGAGUCCCUGCCGCAAGCUGCCCGUGCUCCAUGUGUUUGGCCGCAAACAGCUAGACGUGGCACGCUGCACAGAAGUCUUCCGGGAGUUGCAUCCAGACCCUCUAGCUCAUGUGGUUGUGCUGAAUGAAGUGGCCUAUUUUCAUUCUCUUGAUAACCUGGUCUCUCAGCUGCACCCCAUUUAUCCCAAUGUAGUUUUCUCUCAACUGGAUAACAAGGAACUUCAGCCAGUUCCUGGGCUGGUGCAGAAAUUUGGGCGGCACUUUGUAGUGGACAGUCAGCAUGGUCUUGACAACUACGCCAUGUUCUACGUGGGUUGUGAAGGCCCAGAACUCACAAACUUCAUGCUGAGCUGGAACCGGUGCCCCUUCAGCUCCUUUAAUCCUCAGACAGGACAAGGCCGACGGGAAACAUUGGAUGUGAACCGGGCUCUGAGGCGACGCCUCUAUCUAGUGGAGCGGGCACGGGAUGCUCAAGUAGUGGGCAUUGUGGUGGGCACUCUUGGUGUGGCAGACUACUUGUCUGUUCUGGAGCAUCUGCGAGGAAUCAUUCAGCAGGCAGGCAAACGGGCCUAUACCUUGGCUGUGGGUAAACCCAACCCUGCAAAGCUGGCAAACUUUCUAGAGGUGGACAUUUUUGUGUUGGUAGCCUGCCCACAGAACUCUUUGCUUGAUUCAGCUGACUUCUACCGGCCUGUGGUCACACCCUACGAGCUGGAGAUGGCAUGCAAUCCAGCACGGACCUGGACAGGCAGCUAUGUCACAGAUUUCCGUCACCUCCUACCAGGAGCAUGUGAGCACACCCCUUUCCCAGACAAGGUUUCAGAGGCUGACAGUGAACCCAGCAUUUCACUCAUCACCGGCGAGCUACGCUCAACUUGUCUUUAUACAGCACCGGACCCAGAGCUAAGCUCUAGCACUUCUGUGACCUGCCGCAGCUAUAUGCAUAUGGCUGAGAGUAGCCCAGCAGCCUCAUUUUUGGAGUCACGAAGCUGGCGGGGGCUGGAGCAGCAGCUGGGGCAGUCAGCAGUCACAAAAGCUGUGGCUGGACGACGAGGGAUUGCCAUUGCAUAUGAAGAUGAGCCUUCUGGAUGACAGUACCAGCCGGGCCAUGCUGAGAAAAAGCUGCCUUCCCUUUCUGCAUCUAGAUGAGAUAACCAAACAUGGCUUUUAUCACAACCUUCUUCCUCUUACCCACAACUAGACACAUGUGUAAGGCAAGGAAUAUCACUUUCCCUGGCCUGGACAUUUCUCUUGGUGGAUGGACAGAUCAACAUUUUAACUGGCUGACAUCUACAAUACAGUAGUUCCCCCAAAUGGUGUUUUUUGUUAAGAAGCUAAGUAAACCUGUUCUUCUCAUGGUGCUCUGAAUUGUGCUGGUGUUUAUCUGUGCACAUAAAGCAGCCCUAGGCUAAGAGUGACAGCACAGUAGACUUGGGAUUCUGUUGGGGGAACAGGGGUGUGUAGCAUUGCAGCUUAAUUCACAUGUGAAAUUAUACCACAGAUCCCUAUUUAUCCAACUUCCACUGGCAAGUGGAAGUUACAGUUAGCUAUAACUUAGGGCGCUCUUGGAAGCCAAUCGUGCCCCUACAUGCCCAGGCUCUGCCAUAUUCUCUUACUACAUGGGAAAAGCAGAUAGAGUGUGAUUGAGGAGGGAGGGCAGGUUUCUAUACUCUGGUUGAACCUUGAGCUAAUCCACACCAUCCAGUGUUAAAGGUGUAACUAGAAGUCAGGAAAAGUUUUCCUAUCGAGGAUAGGAUUUUGUAUCCUCGAGGAGUAAGAUUUGCUGAUAGCAUUAGGAAUUGAAUUUUAGGACUCAGAAGCAAGAACCAGGCUUUGAAUAGCUGGGGUAUAAUAAGAAUCAUAUGAUAAAGAGUCAGUAUAGUGGGUAGAGUGCUGAACAGGACUUGGGAGACCAGGGUUCAUAUCCCCACUCAGCCAUGAAGCUCACUGGGUGAUCUUGGGCCACUCAACUCACUACAACCCUGUAAGGUAGGUUGAAGGUAAAAUGGGGAGAAGUAUAUAUACCUCCUUGAUAUCUCUUUGGAGGAAAGGCAGGAUACAAAUAUAAUAAAUAAAUAAGAACAGCCUUGCUGCAUUAAACCAAAGGCCCAUCUAGUCUAGGAUCCUGUUUCCCACAGUGGGCAACCACAUACCCACACCUAUGGGAAGCACACAAGAACAUGAGAGGCAAUGGCAUCCUACAGAAACAAGUAGAAAUGGAGUCCAAUAGUUCUCCAUAGAGUUAUGCUCCUACAAAAUAUGCAUUAUCUGCUGAACUAGAGGUUACAUAUUUUGCAGCUCUUUGGAGUUUAAAAGCACAGAAUGAAAAAAGGGGUGGGUGUUGAUCUGUGUUAGAGAAAGAGUUUUGUACUAGCACCUUUCCUCCCAGCAGCAGGAUAGGGUAUGUUUAUCCACUCGUCAUUUCCAACCCACAAGCAUAAGUCAUUGACAUCCUUAGAUGUGUACCAUCCAAUAUAAUGCUCAAAAGUUAUUUCUGUUGAACAUGACUAUAUGGUAUUACCUAUCAAGCUGAAAGGAGAAACAUCAUUCCAGAUCCUAAUAGAGAAGAAAAAUAUAACACAGCUGGCACUGUGUUGUGUAGACAUCUGCCAUCCAAUUAGGAAUCAAAACAGCAUUGAGCACAAGGUACAAGAUGUACCAGGUAAGGGAUAUAUGCAUCCCUUAAGUCAAGAACCUACUUCAGUUAAAGCUAGUAACAUUUUUAAGACUUAGAAUAAUUUGCCAAUUAAAAAAAAACAUUUUUAAACACUACUUGUAGACCUUGCUAUGCCAAAUAAAGUUCUAUUUUAAAUCCA